CCUCGUGCAGGGUCGCCGACCGUACAUGGAGGACAUGCACUUCACCUCGUUGAACUUUGGAACUUCCGGCAAGUCCUGCUUCUUCGGAGUAUUUGACGGACACAGCGGCAAGAGAGCUUCGCAGUUUGCGAGGGACCAACUGGCCAAGUACCUGGAGGUCGACCUACAGCAACUCGGGCCGCGAGAGGCACUCCAAUCAGCGUUCAUGAAGACAGACGCCUCAUUCCUGCAGCGGGCGGAGAAGGAGAACCUCAACGAUGGCAGCACAGCAGCUACGGCGCUCCUGGUGGGACGUGAGCUUUAUGUUGCCAACGCGGGGGACAGUCGGGCUAUCCUUUGCUGUGGUCAGUCUGCCAUUCCCAUGAGUGUAGAUCACAAACCAGACCGUCCGAGCGAGCGAGAGAGGAUCGAGCAGGCGGGAGGAACCGUGGUCUAUUUCGGGUGUGCAAGAGUGAACGGCAUCCUUGCUACUUCUCGCGGCAUUGGUGACAGGGAGCUGAAGAAUUGGGUCAUUGCGGAGCCCGAGAUCCGCUACAAGAAGCUUGAGCCGGGCGAUGAUUUUCUUGUCAUGGCUACGGAUGGCCUCUGGGACGUGAUGACCAACGUGCAGGUUGCAACGAUCAUCUCAGGCGAGAAGAAUGCGCAAGCAGCUGCAAAGAAAUUGACGGCGGAGGCUCUCAAGCUGGGGAGCAUGGACAACAUCACCGCGCUGGUGGUGGACCUGCGGGAGAUGCUGGCUGACAUGGGGCCAUCGGCGGAUGAGAAGAAUGGAUGAGUGCGCGCAAAGUUUUUUCUUGGUUGACUUUUUGAUGGAGCAAAGUUGCUGUAAAGUAUUGCGAACAUAAUGAAACAGAAGGACGAU